UCAAAUGCUUCCCAGACCGAUGAGGCACGACGGUUGCGAACCAGACCCAUGCGAGGAGCCGUGAGCUAGAUAGGAGACACGGCUACAGGAACUCCACAGUCCUCAUCCCCGGGAGACCUCGUCCCCCGCAGUAUCAGCGAAAGGUAGGACGGUUUUCCGGGGCUCCAAACACACCAGGACGCUUUCAUUGCUAUCCGGUAAUAUGAACAAUGCGGAAUUGAAACACUCGUUUCCUCAGCCAAAAGAUGUAGACGGACAAACUCAAACUGCGAGUUCUCGACCAUCGAGAUAUCCGAGAUCUGCGACAUUACCCUCUGUUGAUCGCAGUGAUGGUAUAAAACCCGCGAAUGCACGCUGCGCCGCCCCUGCCACAGCAGAACAAAAAGCCCAGUGGCGCCGCACUUUGCCACCAAUCGCUCAAGACGUGACCGCAGAGGUACUUAUGAAAACAGGUCGACAAAUGGCCUCGGAUUUCAGAGAGGGCCUGUGGACGUUCAUUGAAGACAUCAGACAGGCUACAGUUGGAGAGGAGGGAAUCAACGGCACGGAGUCCCGGUCUACCGCACACGCCGUGCAGUCUGGCCAGCGGGGAACUUCAAAGAGGGAUGACGGAUCGGUAGCCUUGACAAGGACGGGAAGAUCCACAACCCCGCGGGGCAGAGUGACAAAUGCAAAUUCAACAUCCGGUAAUGAUUCAACGUCAAAAGCUCAAGAGAUAUCAUUUUGGAGUGAAUUCGGCAUUGAUACUCCUGACCAGAGGACAACAAAGUCCCCCCAAGACGCCGAAAACCCCAGCUGCCCCAGCAGAGGCAAACAACAGCCCCAGCAGGGGCAAGAUCCAGAAGACUCGAACCUUCUGGACGCAGAUGAGAAUUGGGAUAUGUGGGAUACCCCCAGCCAAUCGAAGGCUUCGCACACCCCGUCUUCCAGCAGCUCAACGUUCCAUUCUAACCGAGACCACUCUCCAUCCACCGAUGCCAGCAGUCCGAGCACUAGCUCAAGUUUCACGAACCACACAUCGCCGACCACUAAGGACGAGCAAAGCGCAGACUCCAACAAGACUAGAUCAGACAGCAUCCCGUGGCCCGCGCUCAGCAAAUUGCACCCGUCCAAGCUUACGCGGACGGCAUCCCACCUAAUGGCGGAGUGGGAGCGAAGCCUCACUCCCCCAGAAGAGCGACAACAACAACAACAAGCAACUGAAACCAACGGGGUUAGCAUCAGGGGCGCGAAGGAAGACUAAUGGUUAAUGGUUAACGUGUCUCUUAUGUCUAUUUGACUUUUUUUUGGUUCUUUUUUCAUUGUUUGCUCUUUCCUAUGUCACCCCUUUAAUGAAAUAACCUGCCCAUAUUCCGCCGCGGUUUACACCUUGUACAGAACUUGUAUAUAAAAAAAAAGACUCCACGCGCACGAACCACAAACCCAAGCCAUCCGAUGUUACUUGUUAACCUUCUUUCUAUGAAUAUUUUUAUAAACUACCCACGAGGCCCUUUACUUUACACGAAUCAGGCAACACAAUGAAGGAAAUGGAGAAAAGAAGGAGGGAGAUGCCUAAUUUUCUCUGUCCAUGUAGAUAUAUACACGGGUCGCCUUCUAUAUAACGUGGUCCAUUCAUUUAUUUUCUAUCUGUGAUAUCUUCUUACUUAUUUUCUACUUUCUACUUUCUACUUUCACCAUUACUUUCCCCAAAAGUUUCCCAGUUUCAUCUUCGAUUCCCUCCCACCCUUACUUCCUUGAUUUCGGUGGCGCGUUGAGCUUUGCCUAGAUUCUAUGUGUAUAUUGUAUAUUGGUUCAGGUACAGUGAGCUUGAUGUUGGACAAAGUUGGUACAUGAGUUUGGGGAGGUUCUAUUUGUUUCCCUUCUGUAUAUAUAUUUAUGGGAAGUAUUUUACCCGGAGCUUUAAUUUAAUGAUGAUGAUAGAUUGUCACUUUCUUGCCCUAUCCUAUGCUGCC